GUUUCCUCAGCGACGGGGAAGGAGCCGAAGGUUGGCAAGCAUCGGGACAGGGCUUUCGACUGGGAGUUGAUAGCAACCACACUUGAGCCGUCUGCAACCGUUCCUGAGUUCCUCGAGUAUGGAAACAAACUGUCCAAGUCUCCGAUGCAGACUGAGAAGAUGCAGCAGCGCCAGGACAUGCCCAAGGCAUUGGCGAAGGUCCGCAACAACUUGUCCUACGCCCAGAAAGCGAUGCAGGCCGCUCUCACGGGCAUUGCGAGCAAUGUCAAGGGCCCGGCCAAAAAGGAUCACGAGAGUUGGUCAGAGGAGAUGGCCAAGCGUGCGCGUACACUGCGCAGGCGCACGGCCAACUACGGCUACAAGUCCAAGCCGCCGCAGUGGUUCGUCGAUCUCGGCAUCUACGAGGACGUCGAGGACAGCGGCGACUCCGACGACGGCGCACCAGAUAAGGAUAAGGUCGAUGACGAUGGCAAGGCCGACGCCGAGAUGUCGUACGAGUACGGGUUCGACAGGGGGCUGCAGAUCGUGUGGCGCAGGACUCCUAAGAAGAAGGGUGCGAGGCCUUCUGCGAUCGACAUCGCAUCUAACAUGAUCAUUCUUGACAAGGCUCGGAGGACCGACGCGACGAUAGCGGAGUGGGAAGACGGGUCACGAAAGGAAAUGCUUCAAGUCACAGUGGGACUAUGGAGGAAUAUGCAAAGUUACAGUCUUUCGGAUUCGAGUGCCAGCAAGGAGGUCGACAAGGCUGCUCCUGCCGAGAAGCCUGAGGAUAGGAGCAAGAAUGUCGACGAGGCCGAGCCUGCCGAGAGGCCCGAGGAGACGCCCGCCAGCCAGAAGGCCAAGCGGAAGUCCGAGGAUAACAACGGCGAGGAGGACGACGACAGCGUGAAGUUGCCUGAGCCUAAGAAGAAACGCUGGACUGCCCCACACUUCAUGGACCCAGACGGCAGAGGCGCGACUGUCAAGUUCCGCAACGAUGGGCCAGCUGGUGGGGCCAAGAAGAAGCUGUGCGUUGUCCAGGUUCAGGGGUCUACAUUCCUCACGGUCGGCGCGAAGUGCUGGAGCGAGCCGUGCAGCGAGCAGGCGCAGACCACGUGCGCCGACUUCAUGAUCACGCAGGCGAAGUUCGUGGCCGAGGGCGGUUACACGAAGGAGGAAGCAGCAAAGGCGAAGGCCGAUGUCUACGAGAUUUUGAAGGCGGCGGCCCACAUGCGAGAUCUGGGGGACAAGUCCGCGGCCAUGCCGAUCGAGAACCAAGGAUGCGCUCACCGCGCCACGGGCGCGAGGAGCAAGCAGACGGUCGAUAUCGACAAAACCGUCAUCGAGGAGCACGGCGUCCCGAAGCCCGCCAGCAAGCCCAAGGCCAAGCCCAAGGGCAAGGUCAGCGUCGAGGGGGGCGCCGACGGGGGCAAGAGCGACCUGGCCAGCAGCUCCAACGCGUCUUCUGCCGCCACCACGGGCGCGCAGCAGCUCGCGCCGAGCGCCCCCCUGGAGAAGAUCUGGACGACCCCUGCGACUCCGCAGGCGUCCGAG